AUGGCGGAAGCUCGAUCAGUGGCCGCGCUCAGUUUCUCACUGACCCACGAUGGAAUCUCGGUGAGCUACGACCAAGAACUUCUUCGGGACAUCUGGCAUGCGUUCUCACGCGGGUACAAGAAGAGACUCGCUAGGUUCAAGGUGAGUUUCAUAUUAAAAUUGACCAUUGCUUAUGGGUAAACUCAAAAAGCUUCGUGGACAACGUUAGUAAUGUAUCUUUCAGAACGACUUCACUGCUGGCGUCUUCCCUGCGAAUCUUCACUCACUUAUCUUUAUAUUGGCUCUAACUGGUCUUCUUUUUUUCUGGGAUCAUGAUAUUACAUUUGGAACAACCCAUUUACUUAGGAAUUAUGUUUUUUACUAUAUUUUUGGGUAAGAUUCUUAACCCAUAUGUAAUAUAUUUGUUAGUGAUGGACUGCUAUCUACCUGUUUGGCUGUUGGACUCGGUGGAGGCCUUUUGUGGUUCACUCUAGUCCAACUAUUCCGAUUGUCAAUCAAAUGGCUGUUGUGUUACAAAGGGUGGAUGUAUGAGAGUCCACAUUCUGGAUCUGUCUCCAAGGCCACAAAGAUUUGGUUUGUAAGUUAAUUACAAUCUUCUCUAAUCCUUAAUUUAGUCUAUUCUCCAUCUGAUUUCCAAAUUCGGCCCAACAUUGCAUUCUUUCCAAGGAGCCCUUCCUCAUUUGCCCUUACCUUCACUCGAUGAUACUCUGAAAAGGCACUUACGCUCAAUGCGACCUCUUUUGAAUGAUGAGGAAUACGACGAACUGGUAGACCUGACCGAUAAGUUCAAGAAGGGCAUUGGCAGAAGACUUCAGAGAUAUUUGGUCAUCAAAUCUUACCUUUCAACCAACUAUGUAAGUAUUCAACUGGGUACUGUAUUAGUAACUGUUCAUUCCAUCGUUAUUUUUGUUUUCAAUUUAGGUCACUGACUGGUGGGAGGAAUUUGUUUACCUGAGACAGCGGUCUCCUAUUAUGGUGAACAGUAAUUACUAUGGAUUCGAUACCUUGAAUGAUGACCCUACUCACAAUCAAGCUGCCAGAGCUGCCAAUGUUACAUGGGGAUCUCUGUUAUUUCGUCGGAUGAUCGAGCGCCAAGAAGUUUCUCCAGUAAGUCCAUUUUCUUUGUAUUUGUGUUUGUAUGUUUAGGGUUAUUACGUAUUUCAUUCCAGUUUGCCAUCUCUCCCCGUACCAAGGUUCCUUUCUGCACCAUGCAAUAUGAGAGAUUAUUCAAUUCAUGCCGAAUUCCCGGAGAAGAGACGGACAAGCUUCGACGAUGGGAUGAUGCCCGUCACAUUGCUGUGUACUGUCGCGGAUGCUGGUUCAAACUCCCAGUUCACAAUGGAAAGCGUCUUUUGGAGCCUCCAGAGCUCCAAUUGGCCUUCCAAGAGAUCCUCGACAGUGAAUUGAAACCAGCCCCUGGAGAAGAACAUCUCGCCGCGUUGACUGCCGGAGAAAGAACUCACUGGGCGUUGACCAGACAGAAGCAUUUCAGAAGUGGUGUCAACAAGACUUCGCUUCAUGCCAUCGAGCGAUCAGCUUUUGUUGUUAUACUUGAUGACGAGAGCGUUUCUUACGAUCCCAACGACCGCUCCAAAUUGGAUCAUUGGGCCGAGAGUUUGUUGCAUGGAAAGGCACAUGACCGAUGGUUUGACAAAGCUUUCAAUUUGAUUGUAUACAAGAAUGGCAGAGUUGGAAUUAAUGCUGAACAUUCGUGGGGAGACGCCGCCGUUACUGCUCAUUUCAUGGAAUAUGUGUUACUGAAGGAUUACUGUGUCCGAGGAUACGACGAAAAGGGAAAUUGUACAGGAAUUGUUGAGACUAUCUGCCAUCCUGAACGUCUGAAAUGGAAUAUUGAGCCUGAAGUUGAGGUAAGAUAAUAUGACUUGUAUUUGAUAUUAAAAUUUCCAGGAUAAGAUCGGCGUAUCCAUGGAGAUUGCUCAAAAGUUGAUUGAUGAUGUCGAGAUGGCCUUGUUGGUGUGGACUGACUACGGAAAGGGAUUCAUCAAAAAGUUGAAGAUCUCCCCAGAUGCCUUCAUCCAAGCUACCCUCCAAUUGACUUACUAUAGGGUGGGUUACGUUGUAUUUAAUUAUUCUGUCGUUUAGAACCAGCAGCGAUUCGCCUUGACUUAUGAAGCUUCUAUGACUCGGUUGUUCCGUGAAGGAAGAACUGAGACCGUCAGAUCGUGCAGUAUCGAAUCCUGUGACUUUGUUCGAUCCAUGUUGGACCCUGAGAAAAGUGUAGGUUUCCUUUCUUUUAGUUCGGAUUCUUUCUUAUAAAUUCAAAAGAAUUAUAAAUUUAUAUUUCUGCAGGCCGCCGAUCGACUUGAGCUCCUCCGGGCUUCAGCCGAAAGACAUCAACAGCUUUACCGCGAUGCCAUGUGUGGUCAAGGAAUCGACCGUCACCUUUUCGCUCUCUAUGUCGUUUUGAGAUACCUGGAAGAGGAGUCUCCAUUUAUGAACAAAAUCAUGCCUCCUACCUACUUGUUAUCGACCUCUCAAACUCCAAUGUCUCAGUGUGAAGAAGAAGCGACCCGCGAGAAUCUGAGUCAGGAAAGUCGACAGAAGUUGAUCUCGGCGGGUGGUGGCUUCGGUCCAGUCGCCGAUAAGGGCUAUGGAGUGAGUUACAUCAUCGUUGGAGAAAAUCAAAUUUCCUUCCACAUCUCAUCAAAACGGUCGGCUGAGAACACGGUAGGUUGAGCCACGAUAAUUUGGCUUUCAUAUUUUUAUUGAUAUUAUUUUUACUUUAUUUUCCAUUUCCAGAGUUCCGCUGGUUUCCGUGAAGAUCUCGAACAAAGUCUGCGAGACAUGCAUGCUCUCUUUGUUAAGUCGUAA